CUUCACUUCACGACUGUCGACUCAUCGGAUGCGAUAACCUCGACCAUUUAUUACUCGUGGGGGAACCGUCCGACGACGACGCUGACGUGACUUUGCUACCUCAGACCUCGCAAUCCUGUGCCAAGAGUUUGCCAAUGCAGCGCCUAACAUGCUCUUUGGCUACAGGCGCCAGGUGGCAUUUUCCAGCUCCCAAGAGAUACAGUUGAUUCCCUAGGAGAAGGCUUGGUGGGCAACAACGAGGAUCUCCUUCUUCCGUUCUUCGCCAUAGAGUUCAAAGGAGACGGGCCGUCUCGGUUGGGAGUUUGCGGGUUGCUACAAACCAAUGCAUUGGCGCCUCUCUCUGGUGUGUCAACAUCGCCGAACGGCUCAACAGCCGGUUGGGCCGGAACUCGAUCAUAACAAAUGGAACCGAAGCCCGCAUUUUUGUAUCCUGAAAGGAGAACGAGCUGGAUUUUUUGUUGAGAGAGGGAGACGUUUCUUGCCUGUCAAACCCAGCGCACCAACCUUCAAUUCCGCAGAUAUGUCCGAAACAUUCUCUAUUAGGGCCGGCCCAGGCCGGACGAUUGACGAACGUUCGGAAUGCCUUAGAUCGUCUGGCGGAGAACGGUCUUUUUUCGCUUUUUUUGAAUCCUUUCUAGUGGCCCAUAGGGCGGCAGAAUCGUCGUUCGAAAGUCGACUUGGGGCCGGCUUGCCCCUAUUUCUAGCGAGAGUGCCCCGAUAUCGUCUUCACAGAGCUGUAUGCCAGAGAGGUCACUCCUCUCGCAGAUCCCCUUCACGGGAAGGGCGACAUGCUCAGGGAGUUCCUCCCAUAGAUCCCGUAGAUAGAUGUGGCUUGCCGCCAAGUUAUACUCUCGGUAUAAGGGUAGCUCGAAUUUCCUUUCGAAGAACGUGGAACAUCUGCCGACUUGGCUAUAUCGGCGCUCCCUGGCGGAACUGGCGGGACUGACGGGACUGAUGGACGGGGAGAACGGGAAACUGGUCUUGACGGGAUCAGAAAUCCCUCUAUAUGUCGCUCUUGCCGUUGCUGUCUAUCGCUCUUGCCGUUGCUGUCUAU